AAAAAACCUAAAUACCAAAUUCUUCUAUUUUACUAUAAAUUUAUUGUAUCUCGAAUCCAAUCUGUUUGGCUACAAGGAAAAGUAAAGAAAUUGCAACUUUGAACUCCCAAGUUGUAUAUAUUGGGGAUUUUCCCUCAACUGACCCAAAUAAUUGUACUGAGAAAACUAUGGAAAAGUAAAGGAGGCUUCAGCGGAGCUAUUCAAUUCCUUUCCUUUUUCAAAAUUAAAAGUUCCCUCUUUUUUUACUGCAUUUUCUCAGUAACCAAACAGACACUAGGGCUUUCGGAAAGGCCAAGUGAGAAUGAAUGCAAGCAGUUUGGUCGCAGAGACGGUGUGGAGAGAAAUCGAAUCAACCCGUUCAGUAACCGAUGAUCAGCUCUCCAUCUUACAUUUUUUGUUUGGGAAAAACUUGGAGAGAGCGACUAGGAUAGUGGAUCAACAAGGUGUGAAGAGGAUAUCCGGUGAACCCAGUGGGCGUUCCAUCUUUCAGGUUGUGGGAGAAUCUCAGAGGAAGGAGGAAUAUUUCUGCUUCGCUGAACACUAUUGUGCUUGUUUUUCAUUCUUCUAUGACAUUGUAAACAGAGGAGAACAGCUUUGUUGCAAGCAUCAAUUAGCAGCAAGACUUGCUACAUCGGUAGGAGUGUGUGUUGAUGUUAAGGUGUCUGAUGAGGAGCUAGCUUUACUGCUUUCCAAUCUCUGAUGUAGUUGGACAGAAGCUACAAUUGCAUUUGGAGUUGAAGGGAUGGCGGAGAAAGCUACUGCCUAUUAGUGACCAUCCUGCUAUUGCUUAGAGAGUAGAUACAAGGAAAACUGUAUUCAUUAGUGCAUGGAACAGGUACCAUCCUGUUUCUGAAAUUUUUUCUUGUCGGGUAAAAUAUUUGUGUAUAGACAUAUUUCUAAUUUUAUUUAGACAUGUGCUUCUGCUGUUUCCUUUCUUCCCUUCAA